GCAAUCAUCACGGCGAGGUACUGCAAUCAAACCUACGAAAAUCGAUUUUAGGGACAAAGGCCCUUUGUUCCUUUUUAGGGGCAAAGGGAACAGAUUGCACGUUAUCCGGAACAUCUCUAUCCGUACAAUCAAACAAGUGGCCCUGUGCAGCAUGUGGACAAAAUAAACCCUCACUGCAGUAGAAGAAAAACAUAGGAAGCUUAUAAUAAAAACAUCGUAGAAAUCCACAAUGAGCGCGAAACUCAGUUAUAUGACCAGCUUCGUGAACCCGGCGCGACACAAUGAAAUCCAAAGAUCGUUAUCCGCAGCAAAGGUGUACGAAAAUUUGGAGUACCGUAAGCCCGCGCCGAAAAGAGUUUCCACCGAGCCGGUAAAGCAGAAAAGGAAACUAUCCCGGCGGGAGGUUAAAGAGCUUGGCUUGUAUGCGUUACCCAGCGAUACGGUGCAGUACAAAGACGCGGUACCGCUUCACAGGCUUUGGUGUGGCUACUUUUCGAAGUUCUUCCAGUCUCAGGGAAUGCCGGAAGUAACGGACAACUCGUACAAUAUGAUUGUCGCAAGUCUCUUGAAGGCGGACUACCACGGGGCCAAGGUGACCGUCGUUCGGUCGAAGCAACCAUCCGUCGUUGGUGUGAAAGGGAUCGUCGUCCUGGAUACGAAAGGCACGUUUAAAAUUGUGUCUAAAGACAACCGACUGCGAACGAUUCCAAAGAACGAUUCGGUGUUUGAGAUACAGUCCAAGGAAAAUGUGGUUACCCUAUUCGGGAAGCAUCUGAACGCCCGGCCUGCAGAAAGAUCUGUUCGAAAAAUCAAAGUAUUCUCGUUGCCAGAUCUGUAGUAUGUAUGUAAAUUUAAUUACUCUGUAGUAAAAGCAAAAUAUACAAGGAAUAUGAUUUACCUAGUAUCAACUGACAUGGGGGUAUAUGGCAACGAGUUAUCAGAUCAACGGGAUGCGAAAGAAAUUUAGGCAUGAAUGAAACAGUUGCAAGAAUCACCUCAAAAAGAAAAAAAUCGAUUUAUGUUAGAAAUAUGUGCUGCUAGGUUAACUUGGCUCAUGUUCAAGGAGUCCUAGAAUAUGGUUGAUAAUGGAAUUGUUCAGUCGUUCGAUUCUUCAAGUCACUUAGUUAUAAGGCAUAUUUUUCCAUAAGUUUUGUAAUAAAUUUAAAAUGCUUUGUGAUGCAAUUUCUAAAUAGA